UUUUGGUACUGUGGGCACACAGUAAGUCACAAUAACCAGCUAAUGCAGAACAAGAAAAGGGCAACAGUUAAGGCGUCAAAUCCUAUACAAAAUGAUUGUGACAGGAAAAAAACGGAUAAUUUGGGAAUGUGCGAUGCUAGAGUAUCAUGUACUCAAAAUUGUGACGAAAUAGAUUGAACUCUCUUGGACUCCAGUCACUCUUCAUAAAUGCACAUAGACAUAGUGCCAUCUAGUGGUAAGAAGGGGACGUACAUACGCAACUUUUCCAACACCAAGAACGGCGCAUGAAUUUGUUCUGAGACUUUUAUUUUGGAAAAAAAACAUGGGGACGGAAGUGCGUUUUGUCAUGGAAAGUCGUUGAUGCCUAAGAGCUGUGCAAAGGUGGCUGGACCAUAAAAUGUCUGGACUUUAGACUUCUUAAAUAGACCUGUGAUGCGCAUUGGGCGUUGCCCUUGCAGGAGUAGGGUUAUAUCUCAACAAGUUACUUAUUCAGUCGGCCAGUGACCAUGGCGUUUCAUAUUAAAUCUGUCAGUGGUGGACCGCUUGUUUUGGAUGGAGGCCUGGCAACUGAACUGGAAGCAACAGGUUUGAAAUUGCAGGGGGAUCCUUUGUGGAGUGCAAGAAUAUUGCAUACUAACCCACAGGCGGUAAAAGAUGCUCAUUCUAGAUUCCUCUGCAGUGGAGCAGACGUUAUCACCACGGCUACGUACCAAGCUAGCAUACAGGGAUUUAUUACUCACCUGGGCAUGAACUCUGAAGAGGCGGGGGAACUGCUCAUGUCAGGAGUACGUCUGGCCAGAGAGGCGGUGCAACAGUUCACAACAGACAACCCUUCACCUGAGCGGCAGGUUCCUCUGGUGGCGGGCUCAGUCGGGCCGUACGGCGCUUAUCUCCAUGACGGUUCCGAGUACACAGGAGUUUACGCGGAGGAGAUGAGUGUUGAGGAGCUGAAAGCAUGGCAUCGGCCUCAGAUUCAGUGCCUGGUUGCGGCAGGGGCCGACCUGGUCGCCAUGGAAACCAUCCCAAGCGUCAAAGAGGCUGAGGCUCUGGUGGAGCUUCUCCGAGAGUUUCCAAACGCCGCGGCCUGGCUCGCGUUCUCCUGUAAGGACGAGACGCGUGUGUCCGACGGCAGACGGUUUACAGAGGCCGUCCAGGUGGCCAGCAGGUCCAAGCAAGUGGUGGGCGUGGGGGUGAACUGCUGCCCUCCUGGCCUGGUCACACCCCUGCUGGCCUCGGCUGUGACCCAGAAGACUCCAGACUUUGGCUGGGUGGCCUACCCCAACAGUGGAGAGGGGUGGGAUGUGGAGUCUGGGUGGAGGCCUUCGGAAAACAUUGUGCCCAUAGCAGAGCUGUGUGUCGAGUGGAUGACACAGGGAGCGUCACUCAUAGGAGGGUGUUGUCGUAUUCGCCCGGCCCAAAUAGCAGAGCUGCGUCAACAGCUUCACAGAGGACUGGAGACUCACAGGACAGCGGGGUGUGAUUAAAAUUAUGUGGAAUAAAACUGUAAACUCCAUGCAGACAUGCACCAGCUAUAUUCGACAAUAUGAAUACAAACUUCCAACAGGCUAUUUAGGAAAUGAUAGUAAUAUAAAUGCAUUUAUAGUCAUUCGUUGUCAAUAAAGAAUAACAAUGAUUCACA